AUGCCAGCAGAGGAAGCUGAAAUUGAGAUGAAAAAUCAAACCCGGAACAAAAUUCUGGAAAACAAAACAAAGAAACAUAGACCAACAGCUGCUGAAUUGUUACGCCAUCCUCUUUUACAACCUUAUGUUCUCCGCUGUCAAAACGCAUCAUCCAAUUUUCUUCCGGUAUACCCCAUAGUUAACUCAAAGGAUAAAACAAAAAGAUCUAAAAAAUCUAGUGGUGGCAAGGACCAAAGGGACAAAGACACAACAUCAACAAAUUAUUUGGAAAGGAUUCAUCCGAUUGAGGGAAAUGGACACUUACAGCCGAGGAAUCUUCCAAGUGAGGGAGAGCUAACAGCUUCAACAAGUGCAGAAGACAACCUCGAGAACCAGAUGGUUGAUCUUACAAGCUAUAUAGUGGAAUCUUCUACUAGUAUUAGUGGCUCAAAAGAUGGAUCAACAACAUCAGAAUCAACUAUUUGUAGUGUGUGUAGGGACCCUGACUUCAAAAUUAGGCCUGCAAAGGAAACUGUAAAUAUUGAAAUCACUUCAAAGAGUACAUAA